AUGACAUUUCUGGUGCGUGGCUCCAGAAUCCGUUUCAGAGUCAAGGCAAUUACGACCGACAUUCGUUCCCACUUUUGGUCUGUUAACAACCCUAACCUCUGCCCUGGUUCCUUUCAGUUCUUUCUUUCAGUCUCUUUCCCUCUCUCUCUCUCUCUCUCUCACUCUCUCUCUCUCUCCUUCUCACACAUUGAUUUCAAAUCCCAAUGUUACCUUAUAUUCCUCACUUUCUCUCUUAACUUCUUUUUCUUCUCUUCCUUCACUCACAUUCUCUCUCUCUCUCUCUCUCUCUUUAUUUUCUUACUAUUCUCCCUUAUUUCUCUAACAAGAACCUCCCCUCCCCUCUCACUCUCUCUCUUUCUCUUUCUCUCUCUUUUCCUUUCUCUGUCUUUCUCUAUCUCUCUUUCUCUCUUCUCUCUCUCUCUCUCUCUCUCUUCAAGAUUCGUCGACAUUUCAGAAAUUAGGCAGUCGAAGAGAAAAUCGAACUAG